GUUAAUAUAAAACAGCUUUUCAUGUGUAAUAACAUGAGUCAGGCCUUAAGUAGGAGCUCCAAAGCCAAUAGUUCCCAGAGUAUUUAUGAUGGAGCAAGAAACUGUUCAUGCAAUGACAGUGGGUAUAACAUUGGACAAGACUCUGAUCUUAGGAAACACCAGGCACCUCAAUCUUCAGAUAAGGAUUCUGAAAGUAAUUCAGGUAGGAAUAUCUUUUAUCGAGCAUCAGGUCUUUCACUAAAUAAGAGUACACAUACUGGAGAGAAGACUUACAAUUGUAGUGAAUAUGAUGUUUCUAAUCAGUCUUCAGAACUUAUUCAACAGCAGAGUAUUCAGAAUCCACAGAAAAACUACAAGUGUAAGAAAUGUGAGAAAGUCUUUACUAACGCACUCAACCUAUGUAAACAUAGGGAAAUUCAUACAGGAUGGAAUACUUUCAAAGGUACAGAAUGUGACAAAUCAUUUAAUCAGAGUUCAAAACUUAGUCAACAUCAGCGAAUCCAUAUUGGCCAGAAGCCUUAUAAAUGUAAGGAAUGUGGUGAAGGCUUUAGCCAGCACUCAAGUCUUACUUACCAUCAGAGAGUCCAUACACGGGAGAAGUCUUUUAAAUGUAAGGAUUAUGGCAAAGCCUUUAAACAGUGCUCAUGUCUUCAUAAACAUCAGGUAAUUCAUGCUGGAGAGAAACCUUAUAAAUGUCAAGAAUGUGGAAAAGCUUUCAGUCAAUACGUAACUCUUAUUAAACACCAGCGAAUUCAUACUGGAGAGAAGCCUUAUAAAUGUAAGGAUUGUGGCAAAGGCUUUAUUCAACGCAGAGGUCUUACUUGCCAUCAGAGAAUUCACACUGGAGAGAAACCUUAUAAAUGUCAAGAAUGUGGAAAAGCUUUCAGUCAAUACGCAACUCGUAAUAAACACCAGCGAAUUCAUACUGGAGAGAAGCCUUAUAAAUGUAAGGAUUGUGGCAAAGACUUUAGCCAGGGCUCAGGCCUUAUGUACCAUCAGAGAGUUCACACUGGAGAGAAGCCUUAUAAAUGUAAGGAUUGUGGCAAAGCCUUUAGCCAGGGCUCAGGCCUUAUGUACCAUCAGAGAGUUCAUACUGGAGAGAAGCCUUAUAAAUGUAAGGAUUGUGGCAAAGCCUUUAGCCAGGGCUCAGGCCUUAUGUACCAUCAGAGAGCUCAUACUGGAGAGAAGCCUUAUAAAUGUAAGGAUUGUGGCAAAGGCUUUAGCUGGCACUCAGAUCUUACUCGCCAUCAGAGAAUUCACACUGGAGAGAAACCUUAUAAAUGUCAAAAAUGUGGAAAAGCUUUCAGUCAACGCUCUGCUCUCACUCAACACCAGCGAAUUCAUACUGGAGAGAAGCCUUUUAAAUGUAAGGAUUGUGACAAAGAGUUUAGGCGCCGCGCCGGUCUUAAUCGCCAUCAGAGAAUUCACACUGGAGGGAAAACUUAUAAAUGUAAAGAAGGUGGUAAAGUUUUCAGUCACUAUGCAACUCUUAUUUAACAUGAGCGAAUUCAUACUGAAGAGGAGCCUUAUAAAUGUAAGGAUUGUGACAUAGACUUUAACCCAGCACAUUGGUUUUACUUACCAUCAGAUAAUUCAUACUGAAGGAAAUCUCAUAAAUGUAAGGAAACCUGCAAAGGCUUUAAUCAGAGCUCUCAUCUCACUGGACAUCAGAGAGCAUGUCCUGGAGGGAAACCCUAGUAAUGAAGUCAGACAUGGAAGAGGUUUGUCCUGAACAUACAGUUCAGGAAACCCAAGACUGUUUAUAUAAGAAUGAUACAGAAUGACGUAAAGAAAAUAUAAAUAAGUAUUUACAAAAAAUCAAAUCUAAAUAAAUAUCAGGAAAUGCAUACUGGAAAGUAUUUCAUAAAUCCUGUUUUCUGACGUUCCUCUUAGGGAGAAAUAUUGUAGAUAGUGAUUCAUAGUUAAAAUAGAUAGAAAAUUGAUAUGUUAGUAUGGAUCACAAGAUGAAGAGGUGAUGUUUAGCCAUGUACAGUCACUAGCUAUGUAUGUUUGUUGAUAUUGACAUGAUUUGUGAUUAUUUGAAAACCAAAAUGAAUGUAACUGAAUUCUCAAAUUACUCCAUGCUACACUUCAUUUCUAGUGUGCAUGCAAAGUUAUGUUUUUGAUGGUUGGUACCUCAAAGAUGAGAGAAGCCCUUCUUUCUAGGAAGAAAACAUUUAUAAUUUUCUCC